AUGUCGAGUUCUCCGUCAGGCGACUAUAUACCAUGGCUCUUGCCGCUGCGGCCCCCAACGCCUCCCCUCCACCCUUCGCCCGUCUCUGUUUCCCUGAAUGCCUGGGCCCUCUUGGACCCAAGCCACAGCGUGACCCCGCGCACGAUGGAUGGGGAGUUUGUUUCUCCCCGCGCCCAGCAUGCGGCGUCGUCGACGGCGCCGCACCUUUGGCGAUCGGCAACGGCCACUCCAAAUGUAACCUGCGGGGGAUGUCACCGAGAGGAGGUUUCCUUGGAGUGGUCGAUUCUCUCGGGCGGGCAAUCCCACCCGCAGUCGGGGCAUGACCUCUGCGAUUUCCCGACUCCUGAGCAUUCCUUUUCCAAGGUCCCAUCGAUGCCGGAGAGCAAACUCGGCAGUUUCCGGACGGAAGACUCCCAUGAGGUGUCAGACGACGAUGACCCUCGCAGUUUUCUCGCAUGCGCAUCCCUUGGACACCCACGUGGUAAGUAUCUUCGGAGACGCACGACGCUGCCGUUCAUAAACUCCUGUUGCUUUUAUAGUCUGCCUUCUAUGAGCUACUUGGCACUUCACCUCGCUUCACCGUUUGAGCUGGGGAACGGCGGUGCCUCAUAUGCGCGUUUUCGCAGUGUUGUACAUCCGCCGCGCAAAAUGGCUUUUCGCGAAAAGAUUCCAUCAGAGAGCAGCGAUGCAGCUUCUCCCGAGUCGUCUGCUCUGCUUGAUCCACGACAUUCCCCCGCAGCGGGGGCUUGGGAGGACAUCAAAAAGAGUGAGGAGGAAAACACUCACGCGGUUGACGACGGCCGUGGAGGAGACACUGGCGAAAGCGGCAGUGAGCCUGAUAGGGAGGGAAACUCUGCGCUUGCUCUGUUUUCCUGCAUGUCAUUUUUUCGUUCCGUUCUGCGGCAUAUUGAGUUGAUGGCCGCGGACCGAAAGCGUCGCAAGGUGCGGAACGAGCACCGUCGUCAUCGGCGGGGGAGCGGCGGUGGAACAACGGAGGAAAAAAACGGCUGGCCCGAUCUUUCGCAGUGGUUCUCCAGCGAGAUGGAGACGCUUCUCGCAUGCACGCUGCACGGCAUCAUUGCCUUUAUGCUGUAG